UGAAUUUCUAUGGCUGAGCAGCCUAGAGAAGAAAGAAAAAAUGUACCAGAAGAAGAAACAUCAUCAAGUGAAAACAUUACAUGUAUGAGUAGAGCUUUUAAUAGUAUGGACGAAGCAAGUACUAGUAUGGGUGGAGAUGGUACUAGUAUGGGUGGAGAUGGUACUAGUAUGGGUGGAGAUGGUACUAGUAUGGGUGGAGAUGGUACUAGUAUGGGUGGAGAUGGUACGGGUGUGCGUAGAGAAGGAACUAAUAUUGGUGGAGAAGAUACUAGUUUGAGGGGAGAAGAAACUAGUAUGGAUGGAGAAGGCACCAGUAUCUGUACUGUAUGUGAAGAGGCCAUUGAUAAACCUAGAGUUCAUUACGGUGGAGUCUGCUGCUACAGCUGUAGAGCAUUUUUCAGACGAGCUACAAAGCGUGGAAUAGAUACUUACUGUAUGCUUGGAGGCAACUGUAAUGUUAAACUUGAAGAGAGAAAACAGUGUAAUGCUUGCAGGUAUAGAAAAUGCCAAAAUGUUGGUAUGAAGACUGGUCUUAUCUUAAGUGAUGAGCAAAAAAAGGUCCGGUUCAAGAUAAAACUUAAAAGAAUAGGUUCUGAUACUUGUGUAGUUCCCAUGUUACAUCAUCACAGAUCCCAUAUUCCAUCCAAGGUGAAAUCAAAUCUAAACUUGAAAUCUGGCAUGGCUGCCUUUUUUACUGAUCUGGCUACUUAUCGGUCUAACAACCCAUCAUCAAGUUCUUAUCUUUCUCUCAAACAAAACUUGAAAUCUACCCCAACAGUUCUUAGUUCAAUACCUACACCAGUGAUUUGCACGACCUCUUCUGCAAAGCAUAACAAAGAGAUAAUGUUACAAAAUAAUACAUUUCAACAUCAAGUCAAUGAGAAUAAUGUGCCCUCACAAGCCUUUCCAUUCAGGGAGGAACUUAACAGUAGUAUGAUUACUGAUGUUACAAUCAAUCGAUCUGAAUCUUUGGGAAAAGAGGACAGAGCUUUAAGGAGAUCUUUACAGGAUAAAGUUAAACACCAUGACAUUUUCUUAAAGCUCCAACCUCGACCUAAAGUAACAAAACUUACAAAUCCAUUUUCUGAUGGGUUUCAUUUUGCCCAAGAAUCAGAGUCAAGAUGGACUGGAAAAUCCAGUAGUGGAAGAAUUUACAAGAAUCCUCCUGUAAAAUGUUCUCCUCGGGCUUACCAGAAAAUAGCAACAGUUAUUAGGUCUCCUAUUGUUAAUUCCUCUAUUCCUUCAUCUACACUCACCUCUAAAGAUUUAUCCAAAAGUUCAAAAGCUUUGGUUGGAAGAAGAUGCCAGAGUUGGAGAGGUGAAUCAAGCUCUGAUGAAGAAAUGACGAAAGCUUACUCAGCAAAAACACAAACGGUAGAUUUGAGACAUACCGUCAAAAUGGCGGAAGCUAUUGAUAAUCAAAGGCUCCCAGAGUCCUCUUACAGUUGCGGCUGUACAGGACUAACCAACUCAGAUUUUUGCAACACUUCUUCUCAGAUUAACAAAUCAACUGAUUGUCAAAAUAUUGACACUUUAUUCAAUCCAGUUGUAAAUACUAAUUUUGCAAGAGAUAUUGACAACCAGCCUUCCAAAGAAUCUAACCUUUCACCAGAGGUUAUUCAUAGUACAGUUAUCAUGAAUCCUUCACAUAUUCCAAAUUCAGCAGCAGAAGCCCUUGGAAAUAAUAAGUCCAAAAAAAACUAUAGAUCAGUUUAUGGGAGGAAAAAAGAGGAAUGUACGGGAGGGUCUUACGAAGAAUUUAUGAAGAUUAACACCUCAUUAGACGACCUCAAGCCAGAGGUAGAGAAUUCUGUCCUGGAUAAAGUUAUUCAAAAAUAUAUGUUGUAUCAUCAUAAGAAGUUUAGAAGGAAUCAAUUCUCAGACAAGAAUGCAAAUUCAGUGAUGGGGAACAAUCCUGUUCAAACUCACCUGAAUCUUGAACUUCAGGGUCCAGGAUCUUUACAAAGAAGUGUUCUUAUGAUGAAAAUUCAAGAUCAAGAUCUGUCUAAAGUUUGCACCUCAGACAGUACUCUGGAAAACAGUGAUUUUCAAGAUCAGCAUGAAGACUCAGAUAUUUUGGAAUUUGUUUUGAGCAUUGGGGUUCCAACCCUACUAGACCUAUAUACUGCAGAGGAAUUCAAAUUCUUAGAAUAUCAAACUCAAUGUUUCUGGAAAAGUUGGUCAAGGUUCAACCUGGGCUCUCAGGUUAUGAGUGUAUAUAAAAAGUGGUGUUGCUCUGAAGGAGAUCUUUCUCCAUGGAUGAUGAUUUUGUUUCAUAAGCAAUUAAGAGAAAGACAUGUGGCUUUCAUGGUUGAAAUUGAUGAUGAGUCUAGAUUAACUGAAAAUGAUUGUAUCACACUUCUCAGAGGAAAUGUGAAGUCAGCUGGAUACCUUUUUACAGCUUGGAAUUACCUACAAAAUGCAGAGGACCAAAUGGUCUAUGCCAUGGGAAAAGAUGAUUACAGCUUUGUGCUAAAUGUUCCGAAGCCACCAUUAAAACGAAUGUUUCAAGAAAUUGGUUUAGAGGAGGGAAAGAGUACUCUCCUAUUUGAGAUUCUGGAAGGAAACACAAACAAACCAUUCCUAACUGAUCGAAAGAUGUAUUUUCUGAUGACAGCGUUGGUUCUGUAUAAUCCUGAAACUCCUGGAUUACAGGAUAAGAAGAUGGUUGAAACUAUUCAAUCUGAAUACUCAUCUUUACUAAGGCGGCAUCUCUCCCAGUUUUCUGAACAGUCUCUUGAGCAGUCCAUGAGGGAUGUGCAUGCAUGUAUUCGUGGAUUACCUAUAAUACAACAAUGUAUGGAAUCUGUUCAGAAGAGGUCGUCUUGAGUGGGGAAUCUGCCCCAACCGGCCAAUUUUAGAAUUGAUAGGCCGUAGAGUAAUAAAGAUACAGACAGAACACUAGAUGUCGUCUUUUCAAGAUAUAUGGGGUUUUGUUCAAAACAACCAAAGGCAGAAGCACAAAGGAGCAUGCUCUUACUCUGCCUAAUAAUUGAACGCGGCAUACGGUUAACUCCUUUGGGUGCUGCCUCAUGGUUAUUGUGAAAAACUCCUAAUUAUUGAAACGACAAAAUCUGGUAUUCUAUCUGUUUUGUUAUUAAUCUAUGUGAUAGGCAACUAUGAUUUUUUCAUAUAGAGCUUUUUGGCACCAAACAAAUUGUGUUAACUUGUGCAUAUUCCAACAUUUUAAAUUUAUAUUCUAUAAAACUUUGUGUUUAUUAACCUAUGUUAAUCAUACAAGAAAAACUGAACGUAAAAGUUAAGCGAAGGCAAAUGUAUGUUCAGCACACAACUUUGUAAUUUGUAAAUUUUAACCCUAUUCCCGCUGGGGGGGGGGGGUCAAUUUGCCCCCCCCCCCUGUAGUUUU